UCCUUUAUCUGAACAUGAGUAGAUGAUUCUAGAAUCCAGAUCGUCUACAUCGUCAGUCUCUUCUCUCGGUUUUUGGAUCUCUCUCUACACCACCGCCCACCCCCAACGUCGGCCGCUUCCGGACUUCCGCCGCCUACGGUUGCCGUAACUGAUAUCUCCCUUUAGGGAAUAUGUCUUCUUAUGAGAAUGUUGUUGGUGGGAAGCUGAAGCUGAAAGGAAAGGCCCUGGAUGUCAAGGCUGGAGGGGUGAAGAAGAAAAAGAAACAGAAGAAGCAUUACGAUGAAAUUUCUCAAGUCAAUGAAAAUGAGCUUUCAGCAGGAGGAAAUACAGGAAUGGCAACAGAUCUGAACCAGGAUGAUGUAAAUGAUGCCAACAAAUCUGCUGGGGAAGGAAAUGCUGCUUCUUAUGAUGAGCAUCUGACGCCAGCAGAGAGGCGCUACAUGGAGCAAAAGGAACAAAUUGAUGUGCAUAGGCUGGCCAAGAUAUCUAAUAAAUCACAUCGUGACCGGAUUCUGGAUUUCAACCAGUAUCUUGCAAACAUGAGUGAGCAUUAUGAUAUUCCUAAAGUUGGCCCUGGCUGAUUCAACUUUAUUGUUACAAGUCUGAAGGACAGAAGAUGCCACCUUUUCACUUGUAAUUUGACCAGACUGAUUUAGCUUCUACCAGCAUCUUCAUAUCUUUCUGAUGGGUGGCUUGUUCUUUAUUUUGUUGAUGUUUUAUCUCUGUUUGCUUGUUUUUGAAUCAUUUUAAACCUUUUUUUUAAAAAGUACUUUGCACUAGAUA